AUGAGCGCACCCCAACCUCCGCGGCGCAAGCCCUCCAGAACUCAGUAUUCUGCAGGCGGCAUCGUGGACCUUGGAGACAUGGCAACACCGCCUCACUUCCCACCGCUGGCAUAUCACCCAGAGUCCGACUUGCGAUCCAAACCCAACGACUUUCUUCCUCAUCACCUGGUGGAAGCGGACCAUCGUACGCGCAGCGAUGUAGAGCAGAGCCUCGACGAUCUUGAGUCGGCAAAUGGGGAUGCUUUCGACUACCCUUCUCAACACGAGCAGCAUUCUCCUCUGAUCUACCCAAGCUGGACACCAAUCAAUGACCGAUCUGUGCGACCUCGAAAGCUUCCACUGGAUUCUGCUACCUUCAUGCAGCGGAAUGGCUACACAGUGACAAACGGGGAGCUGCGCAUGAACGAGAUCUUCGAAGACGAUUUCGAGAAGGUCGACAAACAAGACGGCUUGGUCUAUCACCAGGGUCAUAAGUCUCGCGACGUUGAUGGACAUGGGACCUCAUACUCGAUUGUCUGGCUGGAGGACGACCCUGAUCAGCUGCCCUCGCAAGUACAGCUGUGGGAGGAUCGGCAGACGAAGCAGCGGCGGUCAAUGGAAGGUCCCGCGCUCGAGAAUGCUGUGCGGCACAUGUUGGAGACGGGUUCUGCUCUUGUUUUGGAGCGCACAAUUUCCGAGACGUCAUGCAAAGAUAACUACGAGUGUCUACUGCCAGACUGCCAAUACACCAAAACUUCGAUGCCAUCCGGCCACUUCUACCUCACCCUAAGACCUGGACAGCAAGUAUGGCAGCUGUCGAAACCAUUCUACUUCUGUCUAGCGUGUUUCGAGAGACUCUGGACAGGAGACUUCAACAAGACUCCCGGAUCUCCGGGCAUCAGGAUUCACCAAGACACAGAUCCACUCGAGACACAGGCCGCAGAAUCAAGACACGAUGAGCUUCGCUCAGAGACGCCAGUGGACUGGGACUAUUACACGAAUGAGCUAGCCCUAGACGGAGCCAUGAGAGAGCUGACAGUAGACGAUGCUCUACGCAUUCCCUCACUGUGUUCAUCCCGCCACGCACCGCCUGAUAUCGCCAGCAGUCCAUUGCAUCAAGUCCUCUCCGAGCUCGAAGACGUACCAGACGACUCACCCAACUCUGUCAACUCGCGAGGCGAUUGGAUCGCACCUCCGAACCGAGUCCAGCACAUUGCAGGAUUCAUCAAGCCCGGCAAGUCUCUGAGCGAAAGCGAGACUGCAGCCGUGAAAUUGUGGAAAGCAGCGAGUUUGAAGCAGCUGGCAUGGGAAGCUCACCAGCGGAAAACCAAAUACAGGCGGGAGUUUGAGAACGGAGAAUCUCUCGUGGAUAGAAGUCUCAACAUGAUUAAAUAUCAGAUUGCAGAUGUGGACGGUGAGAAGAUCGAUGAGGCUGCGGCGGAAGCAAUCGUCAAGUUGCCAAAGCGUCGUUUCCGCGGUUGUUCUUUGGCGGGAGUUUGGCUGGUGAUGAAGAAUGAAGCAGUCUGGGAGAAUGAAGCAGUCUAG